GGUCGUUAUACGGGCUGGAAUAGACAUAAUUUCAAUGUAAAACAAGGAAAGAGUUUGGUCGGUUUAAAGCAAACUGAACAUCAAUAUGUAGGAUUCAUGAAUGCAUUGAGAAUAGACGUGUCUAUGGAUGGACUUGUGCAAAGCCAGUUCUUGGAAGGAUUGAAAAAUGCCAUGGGAGUGAUGAUGAUCAGGUACCAGGGCAAAGACAUGAAGAAACGAGCUGCAUUGGAUUAACGAAGUAUUAUUCCAGAAUUUAUCGGCAAAGUAUGUCUUUGAAUGUGAGAUACGAUCUGUUGGAUAUUUGGGUAAAUAAGGCAAAAAAAAACCCACCUUUUUAUAUGCUAGGCGGGGAAAGAAAGGAUUUGAGUAAAAGAUGGAGGACUUCAAAUGUAUUGUACACCCUUGAUUUCGUCUUGCAAUAAAUUUUGGAUGCACAAGUAUUGUGUGUGUCAAAUGUGGAAACCAUGUUUACAAUUCCUCAAUCGAAACAGAGACAGUGAGGAAGAGGAUUUCUUUGUAAACUUUUUUCCUUUUUACCUAUAGAGCAUUUGGACUAUUUGCUUUGGUAGAGAGCAAUUUGAAGAAGAGACCAAUGGUCAUCGUGAUCUCAAUAGAAAUUUCCCAAAACAAGUUGAACGAACAAAUUAACAUUUCACAAAGCUCAUCUUCUAGAGAACAUUUUUGCAAGAUAGCAUUAAUACUCUUUCUCUUUCUCUCUCUUUUUCUCUUUGGGUUUCGUCCUUGAUUAUUCUAGACAAGAAAGGAAUUUCCAAGAAACAAAAAGUAAACUAAAACGUGAAAGAAAUAAAUAAACAAGUUAUUAAAAGAAAGAAAACCGAUACCCUAUUCUUUCAUCUCUCUUACUCAACUGGAACUGAAGAAUCACGUACUCACGUCAAUGCCAGCAUUAUAAGUGCAGGAUUCCACUACCACCGAUUCUGAACAUUACUAAAUCUGAGACAAACUUUGACAACCUUGUCUAUUUCAACCUUUUUUUUUUUCUAUUAAAGCUACUUGCUUUUUUAUUGUCUUGUUUUGAUUGCUGUUAGCUUCCUGUGGACUUUUUCCUUGGAAUCACUUUUCGUUCUGUGUUACCACGUUCACCACAAAAGUUACAUAUUGGGAAUUGUUAGAAAUUUCUGAAGUUUUACUGUUUAUUUUUGUAUUAAAUCUUUUCAAACUAACCUAGUUCAUCUAUUUUUGGAGAAUGAAUCCUGAACGUUGGGCGGCUGACUUGUUUAGCAAUGUCAAAGACUUUAGUCUGCAUGUGCUUGAUUUUGUGCACGAAAAGAGUAGUUCUUCCAAUGCACCCGCGACUCCACCCGUUCAAACUCUAGGGGAUCGACUUGGUCGCCUCAUAAAUCGUAAUCGAGCCGCCAUUGGUUUAGGUUCCGCUGCUAUUUUCCUUGCUGGUCUUUCUUAUUACAAGCGCUAUGACUAUGUUAAAAAGCGCCGAGCACCUCGUGCUCCUAACCACCAGAAAACCCAAGUGGUAGUGUUGUCGGCAUGGAACUCUUUAGCCUCCAUUGUCGCCCACGACUUGGAUCGUCGGGGUUUCAUCGUCGUUGUUUUGGUUCGUGAUGCUUCUGAAGCUGCUACCGUCUCCCUACAACAACGUCCUUAUAUUCAAUCGUUGAUUGUAACACAAAACGAAGCUGUUGAACGAUUUCUUUCUUCAUUUUCAAACCAGAAGGGUCCAACUGAAUACGCUCUUCGUCUCCGCGGUCUUGUCCUUGUCCCUACUGGUGAUUCUUUGUACACUCCCAUUGAAAAUAUCAGUAAAGAUGCUUGGUUCCAUGCAUUCCAACAGCUUAGUGAAUCAUUCGCCAACGUUUCUCGUUUAAUUCCGGUGCUUAAAGAUCAGAAAUCAAGAAUUAUCGGGCUAUCCCACGGAAUUCUUUCUGCUUAUGAACCUCCCAACUAUGCAAUCCCUUCUAUUCUCUCUUCUUCUAUUGAGACCUUCUUGCAUACCUUGAAAAGGGAAAGUGGCCUUCGCGUUGUUUGUAUAAAGCUUGGAAAUCUCAGCUUUUUGAACUAUGAUCAUUCUGGUCCUGUCGCUGGCAGAUAUGCACCAUCUGUUUGUACUGAGCGUAAGGUGUUAAACAAAAUUUUUGAUUGUUUACUUGACUUUUGGAGUACUCCUAACCGACAUGUUGGAAGUCGUACCUUUUUUUUAAUUCAUGUCUCUCGAUUCCUUCCUACAUGUGUUUUGGAUGUAAUGUUUUCCUUUUUCCAUAAAACAAAAAAUUUAUCCUGCGCUUUGGUGAAACGAGUCUAGAUAGCCAUCUCGAGGCUUCUACUCAACUUAUGAAUUUUUGAAAGUAUUCAUGCGUAUUACGUUUCCCGACAAUGACUGACAUGGAUCUUAUUUCCGUAUAAAGUUUCGAUGACUGAAUGAAUUCCUAAUUUUUUUUUUUCUAUGUACUGUUGGCAAGUUCUGCUCUAUCCCGACAGGUGAAGAUAUAACAAAACUGCUUGCCUUCACAGAUUCGCUAUACACAUUCUCCCUUCUCAAUAUAAAGAUCUUUGUGAUGUUAAGAUUUCACACGAAAAGGACCGUGUUCCUUUCUGCUCCUACCAGGCUUGUUGAAAUAACAUAGAAUUAUACUGGAUCCUGAGCACGAGUGUAAGUUCUACAUUCAACGCCUAUAAUCUUAGUAAAUAACAUUACAACAAUUUAUAAACCUACACAUAUCUAUUGUAUUCAUAAUUUUGAUGUUUUAACUUUCUAAAC